AUGAACCAAGCCACAACCUCUUUUGACCCUUCAUCCCUGUCCAUAUCAUCUCAACGGCCGGCCGCUGAGUUAACCCCAGUUCUUGAGGAGCUAAAGGCUAUAUGUGGUGGAUAUGUAAUAGAUACACAACUUGCGAUCACUGCAACGGAAUGUUUGCUGCGCCUUCGCCACACAUUUAUCGAUAACGACCAUCCCGGAGAGGCCAAAGAGAGCUUUCGUCACUUACAUGGCUUCCAAACUAUAUUGGAUCUCCUUAGAAGGAUUUCUGAAUGCUAUGACCCCCAUGGAUCAUCGACGGAAGAAAGAAAAUUCCUGUUGAUACUCCACAAAGAUGCGCUGGCUGUCUUGGCUGAAGCUUUAAAAGAGCAUUUUGGAAACAAACGAUAUUUUGCAAAUCGGAUUGUAGGAGGAGGGGAAUUGGUUUUGGAAGAGUCUUUCUUGACUCUGGCCAGAAAAGUAGACAUCAUUCAAGGCGAUACGGAACAGUUCUACGGUGGCAUUUUUGCAGCAGUCCUCUGCCAGGAAGCAGUUGCCCGUAUAUUCACAGUCCUGAGUACGAAAUUUGAAACAGCCAACGAAGUAUCUCAUGAUGAUAUUAGAGCGGAAGUCGAUCGAUGUGUAGGAACUUCUGAGACUGUUGAAGUGCCGGAGUUUCUAGGUCCUUUAGUCCGGGUAUGGUUGAUACAGUCGUCUUCAUCCACUUCAAAGCACCGAAUACAGAGGCAAGCUCUACCAUCGUGCCUCUAUCAGCUUGCGUCACAGUCUCAGAGGAACACUACAAUUUUGCAUGCCACUGGGGUUUUAUCUUUGAUUCUGCCGAUCCUGUUCAACGAUGGAUACCCGGAGUCUGAGAGGUUACUUUAUCAGGGGCUUGCUAGCCUGCUUUGUUCCAAAGGUAUAAGCAACUUAGACGAUGCGGUGUCCCUUUACCAGAAGGCACAUAGUUGUCCCAAAGCGUUAAGAUUCCUUGUCAGUGCUCUGAAGAGUUCGAAAGAGCCUCCGUCAAUACAAUUCGAUAUGUCCCAGCAUGGUUUCUGUUCCUUGGAGUUCUCAACCUUGGGGCGCUCAUUCCCUCCUACAACCUCUUUUGGCUACACACUUGCAGUAUGGGCACGCUUCGAUCAAUUUGACCCGACGACACACACGACGCUUUUUGGUGCAUUUGAUGCUAGCCAAACCUGCUUUGUACUUGCGUACUUAGAGAAGGAUACCCGCAACUUCAUAUUGCAGACAUCAAUACAAGGCUCCCGUCCUAGUGUUCGAUUCAAGUCUAUUGCUUUCGAACCAAACCGAUGGUACCAUAUUUGCGUGGUUCACAAAAGGCCAAGACCACCAUCAUAUUCGCGUGCUUCCAUCUUCAUAGAUGGCGAAUUUGUAGAGCAGCUGAGGAUCGAGUACCCUUCCUUGCCUGCUGUCAACACAUCCAACCGGGGUCCACGUAUUCAAGCGUUUUACGGCACUCCUCAGGACCUGGCGAUGAAGCUCGGAAAGGGAGUGUCCUCCCUGCGAUGGUCUCUAGCGAAUGCUAUACUUUUUGGAGAAGCGUAUAGCGAUGACUUGAUUUCGGUCUUCUAUAACCUUGGUCCUCGGUAUUAUGGAAACUACCAAGACUGCUUGGGUUCUUUUCAAACCUACAAAGCUUCCGCGGCACUCAACCUUCGUAACGAGCAUCUACAUCCCGGAAAAGAAGAAGAAUCCGAUAUUGUUACUGCCGUCAGGCGCAAAGCAAGCACACUUGUUCGCGAAGGAUCGAUACUGCUUAAUGUCUCUCCUCUGGCUGUACUAGACGAUGAUGAUGGCAAUAACAUUGAUGAAUCACAGCUUAUUAAGUGUCUUUCGAAGCAAGCUGCCAAAAAUCUACACCAGCUCACAAAAAUGGGCGCAAAUGCAGUGGCAGUCAAUGGUGCAACUCCUGCUAUCAAUGAUGCCUUGACCCAAUCGCAUGGGAUCGGUAUUUUAACCGGAGAUCCUGUGGUCUCAGUGCCUCACUCUUUGGAGGAUGCGAGCUGGCGCAUUGGCGGUUGCACAGCGGUCCAGUUGAGUUUGAUUCACUCCGCUAAGACUGCGGAGACCCUGGUUUUGGCAGUAGAAGCACUGUACGAAGCUGUGCAAGACAGUUGGCGAAACAGUGAAGCAAUGGAAAAAGAAAAUGGCUACGGGAUCCUUUCGGCAUUGUUGCGGGAAAAGCUUGGGCUACCAUUUGGAGGUCAUGUUACGAACUCCAGGACGCCCAACGUCUGCUCUACCUACGAGGAGCGAUCUGCGCUGGCUCUUGAACUUCUUCGGUUGACCCUAAAAUUCGUAGGCUACGAUUUCGAGCAGCCCAAUCGCUCGAUAAUCACAAAUCCAUUAGCCUACAGAGUUUUGCUUGUGGACUUGGAAGUGUGGCGAUCUGGGAGUCUCCCUCUCAUCGAAUUAUACUAUUCUCAGUUCUGUAUAUUUGCUAGCGAAAGCCAAUUUCGUCGAUCCAAUUCAAAGCGUCUCGCUCGCAUGCGUGUGAGUAAAAAACUGCUCGAGGCCCUAAAGGGCGAGGAAUUUACAUCGGAAGCCCUACAGCUUUUUACUGCUGCUUUUGGGUCUUUAAUGGAGAGUUGUUUGACAGCAGACUUGCUUCGCUCUCUAGCCUUAUUCAUUACAUAUGCCAUUCAUAAGCCCAAAGAACCAAAAAUUUCUGUUGGGCAUAACAACUAUGUCUCAACCAUUGUGGUAGGAACAGAGAUGUUUCGCAUGUACUGUUCUCUCCUCUGCAAUACACACGACCACGGGCCAAUCAAGAAAUUCGCCAGAGCUGUAACAAACAAGUGGCUUUUAUACCUCAUGUGCGAGGAUGAACCUGAAAUUGUUGUUCUUGCCACUAAAAUAAUGGCCCGUUUAAUAGUGAUCCACGGCACAAGUUAUAGCAAUAAGUUUGCAGAGAAAACUGGGGGCUAUAGUAUAAUGCGCAGCUGUCUGAAAAGAUGGUGGAAUAUCCCUGCGUUGUGGCCAGUUUGCUUUUCAGUUCUCCUGGGGCUAGAUAUUGGCAAGACAGAUGGCGAUAAGCGUUUUGAUCAACUAGCUUUGUCUGAGAUGCUUUACUCGGGCAGCCAGACUCAGGUUGUCUUUCCUGAAAUGUUUCUUAUCAUUGCCGAGAUGAUACAGAGUGGACUAAAAGAAUCCGUCCUGACUGAUGGACUCUCAGAUUCCGGGACGCAGAAUCCCAACUCUCUUAGGGGCUACUUGCAGAGCCCUAGGCCACUCAUGUCCUCCGUUGUCCCUCUAAGGACGGCCAAUGAAGGAACAUCUCUCUUAGCCACUGUGAUUGAGUUUCUUGCUGGAAUGCAACUGAGGUCGGAAAAUAUUCGCGAAUUUACGAUGCGGCCGGAUUACGUUCAAGGCCUUCUUUCUGUUCUUUACCCAGUUGUAGUGGGCUCUGAUAUUGUGAGUGCGGAUGAUGAAAUUAGUUCUCGACAUCGUAUUGGUGGCCCGGAUUUUGAUGGCCCCAGUUUAGUGGCCCGCCCACGCUCGCGAAGGACAACAGAGGUGAGAACUACAACAGUUGAGCAGCCAGAGACUUAUGAUGAAAAUGGAGGACAACUGAGACGUGGGUCAUCGUUUAUCCUCGUCUCGUCCGACCGAUCAAAGAUCUCACCAUCAGCUGCACGCAUACAUCAUGCUUUCACUUUCCAGUGUGAAGAGAACAGCGGAAUUACCGACCAUCCCUUAAUUGUAGCUAUUCUCACCCUAGUCAUUUCUGCUUUCUCUGAACAAUUGCUUGAGAGAAAGGAGUUUUCCGGCCUUGGGCUUUAUCUCAAGAUCCCACCUGGGUUUCCAGAGCAUCAAGCACACUUCAAUUCCUGGAUACUAAAGUCCUUACUGUCCACAUUGCAGGACAUCAUAUUUUCUAAAGUUGAGCUAUUGUCGGAACCAAGGGUUUUGACCAACCUGGGGAGGUUAUUAACAUAUUUAGGAGAAGCAGUGUAUGAGGGAUGGUUUGUUGAUGGUGCUACAGCUACUCUAGAAUUCGCGGGGGCCAUUUUGGAAUACCUCCAACGGCCUGAUAUCUCGCGUUUGAAGAGCAUCAGACUUUGCAGCCAAACGAUUGCGACUAUCCGGUCUACUGUUUUCCGCGUCGUCCUACUCAAACUAUCGGAAAUUGAAGAUACUGCAGCUCUCUCUUUCUUGGGGCGUUUGUCUUACUGGCAAGCGGUACUUCUUUCUGCAGGAGAAACUCAACCGGAUUAUUUGAAGCUGCUAUGUUAUCUUCUAUAUACAAAGUUGGUUGACAAGAACGAAGGCGUACGCCUGGCUGCAGCUAGUCUUUUCCGUAUUAUGUUGGUGCAAAAGCCGGUUGAGAUGUCUACCAUUCUAAGUCACGCGAGCACCCCCCUACAGAAUCGACUUUCUGGCGGUUUUGAGGCUCUCGCUGGUAUGGAAGAUACUGCUUUCUUACAGUGGAUUGACGACCAAGAGGAUGAUCUCAACACCCUUUUUUUGGGGAUUUUAGCCAAACACUGGGGGACAUUCGUUCAAGAGGAGAAUAUCAACAUCGAAAAUUCAGUGCGUACUCGUCAUUAUAAACGCCAGGAAAUAUUAAAAGAGUGGAGUGAGAAAGAGAAAUCCAGUGAAGAAGUGAUACGCAAGUAUGAGGCUACACUGCCUCAUUGGAUAUCGAAUAUAUCAACGUCGGAGUUUCUGAAAUACCAGCGAGCUCUGCAGGAUCAGCAAGAUAAUUCGGCGUUCAUGUGGGCAGCAUUGUUUCACUUGGUACUGGACCUACGUCGUUUCGGCGGUAUCCUAGCCGACAACAAGGAACGAAAAUGGCGUCUCGACCAGACAGAAGGUCGAAGCCGUAUGCGUCUUCGAAUCGUACCAGAUGACUCGGGGGAACGGCAGGAUUAUCAACCAAAACGCAAAGCAUCGGAGCCGCCAGUGAUCAAGAUCGAUAUGGGAUCGCAGGUUGCAUCCAAUGGUGACGGUCCCGGUCUAGCUCCUACUCUACCCGCGGAUCAAUCUGAGGACAAUACUCAAGGCAUCAGUCCUGACAGUAGGAGUGUGCUUGAAGAAAGUUUUGAAAUGAUCGAUGACCCAAAAGCUGACCUUGAAGACUAUGAAGACAAAAAUAGAAAAGUUAUGAGAAGUUUGCACCGGGGAGACCAGGUUGAUAGUGUAUGCAAUAUGUCUCGUAUCAUUGGGUUAGAGGCGUGUGAAGGCCUGUUAAUUCUUGGCAAAGACAACAUCUACAUUCUGGACAACUUCUUCCAGCGACUUGAUGGUGAAAUUGUGAAUGUUUGGCAAGCCCCUGCUGAGGAGCGCGAUCCUUACGUAGGGAUGAUCACUGGCAGGGAGUCGAAUGAACGGAAGCCUCAGGAGCAUGAAACCAGGAGUUGGAAAUGGUCAGAUCUCAUCAGCGUUUCCAAAAGACGGUUUCUUUUCCGCGAUGUGGCCCUUGAGAUUUUCUUCACGGAUGGUACCAGCUACCUGUUUACCCUUAUUUCAUCGAGAGCCCGAGACAUUCUAUGUAAUCAGCUUGCUACCAAAGCUCCCCAAGUGACAGGAAGCGUCGGCCACUCCCGCCCAGAGGAUGUUUGGAGGUUUGAGACUCUUCGAAGCCAGGAAGAUGCGCCGCAGUCUCUUGGAUCAAAGGUUGCCAGUGUCUUUGGCCAUUCACCAGUCCACCCAGCAACCCGCAAAUGGAUUAAGGGAGAGAUUUCAAAUUUCCAUUACUUGAUGUUAAUCAACACCCUCGCUGGAAGAACAUUUAAUGACUUGACUCAGUACCCUGUUUUCCCUUGGGUACUCGCCGAUUAUACAAGUGAGGAGCUAGAUUUGACUAAUCCAUUGACUUUCCGUGACCUCUCCAAGCCCAUGGGCUGUCAGACGCCAGAACGAGAGGCCGAAUUCAGAGAACGAUACAAAGCUUUUGCAGAAAUGGGGGCUGAUGACGCUCCACCAUUCCAUUAUGGCACACACUAUUCCUCGGCGAUGAUUGUGAGCUCAUACCUCAUACGUCUUCAACCAUUUGUCAAGUCAUAUCUGCUUCUCCAGGGGGGUACAUUUGACCAUGCGGAUCGCCUCUUUUACUCUAUUGGAAAAGCAUGGGAAUCCGCCUCUCGGAGGAAUAUGUCGGACGUAAGGGAAUUGAUUCCCGAAUUUUUCUACCUUCCAGAAUUUCUUGUCAACUCAAACAAGUAUGACUUUGGUUUCUUGCAGAAUAUGACGACUGCUAUUGAUUCUGUGGAGUUACCGCCGUGGGCUAAGUGUGAUCCGAAGAUCUUCAUUGCCAAACAUCGUGAGGCUCUGGAAAGCCCUUAUGUGACACAGAAUUUGCAUCACUGGAUCGAUUUAGUGUUCGGUUGCAAACAAAAAGGCGAGGCUGCUGUUGAAGCCGUAAACGUUUUCCAUCAUCUCUCGUAUCAGGGUGCCAAGGAUGUUGAUACCAUCGACGACCCUGUCGAGCGACUAGCCACGAUUGGCAUCAUUCACAAUUUUGGACAAACACCACAUCAGAUCUUCAAUCGGUCACAUCCCCAAAGGGAAGACUUGCGGCACAAGCCUUCACGACUAGAUCGACUCGCAGAAUCACUUACCCAGCUUCCCCUCUCACUUCUUGAUAUCGGAGAGCGAGUGUCUUCGCUGUCAAUGAAACACGAUCGUCUGCUAUGCGCUGCUCCUCUGAGACUAAAUAUUCCACCAAAUUAUGACAAGUACAUGGAAUGGGGAUUUUUCGACGGUAGUGUGAGGUUCUACUCUGCGGACAGCCGGAAGCUUUUGGGCCACCUUGAACACCUUCAUAUUGGCCAAUUAUCCUGUGCCAUUUUUGCCGACUCUCGGACAUUGGUCACUUCAGGAACAGAUUGCACAGUUUCGACAUGGACUUUUACUUCAAAUGGCAAGUCCGUAGACCUGCAGCCAGCAGGAUCUCUGUUUGGGCACCGCUCUCCAGUAACAGUGCUCGCGGUCUCGCGGUCAUUCAGCACCCUUCUUUCCGCCUCAACGGACGGUCAGGUUAUGCUUUGGGACCUGAACCGCCAAUGUUUUGUGCGGGAGCUUCCAUGCAGAGGUCCAGUCGAUUGUGCGCGAGUAAAUGACGUGACGGGGGGAGAUUCUGGUGUGCCGAGGGCAUCGCGUCAGCCUUUACACUCUCAAUGGGACCCCAUCAUGUCCUGUGCCUUCUACGACGGGGUCGACAAUGAAUGGCAGGAGCGAGAGCUACUCUUCACGGGCCACCGGAGAGGGGUCGUUAAUAUCUGGAGCAAAAUAAUCAACGGCGGACGGUUUGAACUAGAAUUGAUCCGACAGCUUCAUCACAUCGACAAUAGUCGCGAUAACGGUGCCAAUAUUCCUGCUGGGAUCAGUUGCAUUCUGGCCCUGCCACAAAUCGUUUAUACCGGAGACGAAGCCGGCCGAGUGUAUGAAUGGAGCUGUGUCCAACGGCGUUGA